GUGUGUGUGGCUGCGGCGCUUCCUGGUUCUUCCCGGCGGCACUACGCUGCUUGUGCGAACAGCCGAAGUAUUUAAGAUCGACGAGGCCGACGGCUUUUCGCAACGCUUCUACCUCUGGAGCCGCCCCUGUCACUGGUUAUCUUGGCUCGCUGUCUGGCCGGUAACCAGCCGUCCGGACCGCUCCGUGAAGAAGGAGGAGGAGAUGUUUCUUUACUUGGAAUGCGGCCCCUUUAUUUCUCGGAUAUACAGCAGCAGCAACACUCGCAUCACCUCUAGGUACAUCUGAGGGGUUUUUACAAACUGUCUGAUAAGGAUUCCGACAGUAAAGGCAAAGGGUAGUGAUGGAUACGGUUUUCUUUAACAAGUCGGAGGAUGGUUUUGAAUCUGUGUCAGCCGCACUUUUACACAACAGUUCACUGCAACAAGCUUUGUGCAGACGGCUAUGAUGUCUCUAACCUGGUGUCAGCUGACCCCGCUCUCCAGAGGCGGGGCUUCAAGCUGGAAUACUUUCUACGUCCACCCGUGCAGGUGACCCUGAAGUUUGGCUUCCAGGUGGAACUAUGCAGGGUGGAUGUGGAGCUGUGGCCCUGGGGCAUGGACCGGGGACAGGCCAGCAAGAGACUGGAGAUCAGCACCAGCUCCGAUCCGCUACCUUCUCACAAAUUUAAUCAAGGACACAAACGGGUUCAGCAAAAGGACAAAAUUCACAUGCAGGUUAAGCACCAAAACAAACUGAACAAUAACAACCAAGAGUGUGAGGGUAAAUCCUAUCCUAAUCAUAGUAAUGGCCACCCGUGGACUGUUCAGGCCCAGCAGUGGGGGGAGGAGGCUGUGGGUGGGUAUUCAUACAGGCAGCAGACGGCCAAAGAUCAGGCUCAAGCAAACGCUGACUCCCACCAACCUGAGGCCGAGUUUAAACUGGUGGGCCGAUGUGAACUCAGCGACUUAACCCGAGUCUGUUUUUCCCAGUCUAGUUUUCGCCCCCAGCCCCUGUUCCCCUCACCACCUCCGUCACAGCCCGCAAACUGUCGACAGGAGGAGCUGUGGAGCAGGGGUCUGUUUUCGUUGGGCGCCGUGACGCAGCUUCGAGUGACUUUGGCGUUUGGCGGCUCCGCCUCAGCGCUGGGGUUCAAGACUCUGUCUGUGUGGGGACAACCUGCUCGCUGCUGCCCUCCACAGGAAGUGGAGAGGAUCAAAACGGUCCACGAGGCGAGUGAAAGACGACCGCCACAGCCUGGGUUUUUUACCUCCUCUGUCAGACCAACCAGUCAACCACAGCAAGCAGCCACAGCUCUGAGUAAUUCCAUCCCAGAAGAGUUCCUUGAUCCUUUAACCCAGGAGGUGAUGGAGCUGCCGAUGCUGCUGCCCAGCGGCGUAUCGGUGGACAACACCACUCUGGAGGAGUGCCAGAAGAGAGAAGCCACUUGGGGUCGAGCCCCGAAUGACCCCUUCACCGGGGUCCCGUUCACCUCAAACUCCCAGCCUCUUCCUAACCCCCAGCUGAAGCUACGCAUCGACCACUUCAUCCUGCAGAGAGGGGGGGUGAGGAGGGACGGGAUGUUGGGGAGACAAGGGGAAGGAAAGAAUCCACAAGCCUCGAGACUAAUAUCCUCCAGAGAAGAAGGACAGUCCCACAUUGUUCCAUUUCUCAGUAAGAGCUCAAUAAACAGCACUGUCAGAAGCUCAAAGGGAACUAUUCAGGAAGAAGAUGCUGGAUUAGGACAAUCAUCAGAUAAAGGAAAUCAUACAACUUCCUCUCAGCCUCUUGCUACAGAAAAUAAAUCAGAGUGGGAUCAAAAAAAGAAACGUUAUCUGAUUUAUGGAAGAGAUUCAGUAGAAGAGUUCGAUGAGAAGCAACUACAACCUCAAACAAAAAGACCAAAACAUGAUGCACUUAUAGUCCCAGCCUGCAGCUCCCAUGAGCAGCGUCUCUCCGCCAGCCUGGACGAGGCCCUCUUCUCCGCCCUGCAGGGACGACCGUCCUUCACCUCAAACUUGUCCCAGCAAAGACGGGAUACUCGUGACAGUGAAGCACUGAACACCACGCAGCAGAGUCUGGGUUCAGACAAUCAGAACAUCUGCCCAGGUGAGAAGACGUGCUCCGCUUGUUCCUGUUCAGUCUCCGUUUACUCCACAUCUGCGUCUUCCAUCUACCGUCUGACCUGCGGCCAUUUGCUUUGCCGUGCCUGCCUGCAGAGGCGACCACACACUCCACACUCCGUCUCUACAGUAACGUCCAAUCACGUCCUGUGUCCCACCUGCCAGAGCGGUACCCCACGCGGUGAUAUCAUGCGUGUGCACCACUGAGAGCGGGGGAAGCUGGGCCUUGAAAAGCCUGUGAAGAAACCGGGAUUGUUCUCAAGGUGAAGGAGGAGUUGUUGAGUGUACAUUUUGCGGCAUCUGUCCUAACAACCUUUUCAAUUACUUUACACGUCUUUCAUUGUUAUGGAUCAUGUUGUGUUACAUAUCAUCCGUCUUCAUACAUGAAGUGGAGCAUUGAAUUGUGUUGCUUAGGCCUUUCCUUGGACGAGUGGCGUCACCAGAUUACACAGACCAAACAAGGAUUUAAUGUCUGCAGCUGAAAAAAGAACAUCUCUGAAAGCAAAGACCUUUAAAUUGUGUAAAAAAAAUAAAUAAAGAACUAGCUUGAGAAAGGACUGCUCCUCCACCUCCUCUCCCUCGCAGCCUUAGCAUCUCAUUGAAAACUGAAGUUUUGUUGCAGCCUUGGUCCUGCAGCCUGAGUUCAGGUCCCUGGACGUCUAGAUGUGUUGAGGAUUUAAUAAGAAAAGGCUGAGGGACAGACGCACAGAGAGCAAGAGGCCAGAAGAAUGAAUGCGGAGAAACGAGGCGACUCAAGGCUGAGUGCUCAUUGUGCAGAAACAGCCGGGGUCACGCUCAGCGGCUCAGCGGACCACCUGAUGCCACGUUAGCCCGGUCCUCAUCUCAGUCCCGUCCCCUCGUCCCUUAUACGUCGGUGACAGCAAGCAGAGACGCAAUCCCUAAUAAGGACAUCUCGGAACGGAUCAUCUUGUUCUUUCUUAUAUGCUGACAUGAAUUUCUACAAUGGCAAAGCUGCGGUGUAAGGAAAUAAAUGUUUACAGGUUGUUUACCUCC